AUGUUGCAGCGAUCCCCCGCAGUCAUCAUCACGAUCCUGGCAUGCUGGAAGGCUCGCUGUGCCAUUGUCCUGGUCGACCCGAACCAACCUGUUUCCCGAAAUGGCCACAUACUGGAAGACUGCGACUGCGCUCUGGUUGUGGUGGACGAUUCCUGGACCGGCGAACUGGCUCCGGACAUUGCCUGGCAGUAUGACUUUGGGCAGCUGCGCCGGCAAGCAAACGCAUGCCCCAUACCCCCAGAGAACUAUGCGGGAUCCGAGGUCGAUCUCUCGCAGGAUCUGUUCCGACCCGCAUGGAUUCGGGUCACAUCGGGCUCCACGGGAAGGCCCAAAUGCUGUCUGCACAGUCAUGCUGCUUUUGGGGCCUCCAUUGCCAGCUACGCCGGUCGGAUUCGGGCGUCCAAAACACUACUAUUCUUCAAUCCGAUCUCUUCUGCCUCAGGGACGCCAAUCUGGAGCUUCCUCAGUAACGGCGGCUGUGUCUGCAUACCUCCCUUGGAGGAGAUCACGACGGAUUUAGCGGGCUGCGUGGCCCGGUAUGGCAUUGAGGAUGUGUGCAUCACGCCCUCAGCUCUCGCGCUCACCACCCCGGAUGCUGUGCCAUCCCUGAAAACCAUUUCUUUAGUCGGCGAAACGGUGCCGCGGACCCUGGCCCAGACAUGGAGCCGGCAUGUCUCGUUGUUGAUCGGCUAUGGAGCUACGGAGAUGAACUCCCAUGCGCUGCCAUUUCAUGACGAUUCCACAGGGUGUCUCCCGCCUGGCCAUCCCCUUCCCACGUCUGACUAUUCACUAUACAUCCUACAACCCGGCACGGCCAGACUGUGUCCGUUAUAUGUUCCUGGCGAAAUCUGCCUCAGCUCGACCUACAUGAGUGCCGGGUAUAUUGGGCGUUCCGAAGCGACAAGGCAGGUGUUUCAGCCUCAUCCCUUCCCCGGCGAUGCGGGGCACGCCUGGAUAUAUCGAACCGGGGAUCUCGGCAUGUUCAUCGCUUCUGGUAUCUUUAUUCUCCUCGGUCGAGUCGAUUUUCAGUUCAAGAUUGAUGGAAACCGGAUCCAGCCGGAGGAGGUCGAGGCCAUCGUCAACCAAGUGCCGUACGUAAUCAAAAGCCGCGUCAUGCUUGCCCAGUCCGCGGCGGGCAGGCCGAUUUCAAUUUGUUGUGUGAUGCUGCAGCAGAGCGCUGGCAGCGAUGGGGAGCAGGGAGAAUCGGCCACUGCUGGGUGGCAGGAAUUCGUGGUGGCAGCAGACCACGCGUGCAGCGCCCAAUUGCCUGCAUACAUGAGGCCCCAUCGAUGGCUGCAGUUUGAAACAUUUCCCGAAACGCCAUCGGCCAAGACGGACACGAAGGCACUU